AUGGGAAACCAGACGGAAAGCGGUGAGAAACCAGACGGAAAGCGGAAUUACGGCUGCGGGAUGCCGUUCCCGGACGGGCUGGGAUCCUGCAAGGUCCUCGAUCUGGGAUGCGGCACGGGCAGGGACGCCUUCGUCCUCAGCCAGUUGGUCGGGGAGCACGGGAUCGUCGUCGGGGUCGACAUGAACGAGCACCAGGUUGCCAAGGCGGAGGAGUACUUGAAUUAUCACAUGGAGAAGUUCGGGUUCUCGGUCCUGCCGAAUGUGAAAUUCAAGCACGGCCUCCUGGAGAAUCUUCGGGAUCUCAAUCUGAAGGAGAAGUACUUCGACGUCAUCGUGUCGAACUGCGUGAUGAAUUUCUGCUCGGACAAGCGCAGCCUCCUCUCCCAGUCGUUUAAUCACCUGAAGGUGAACGGAAAGUUCAAUAGAGGAGGAGAAAUGUACUUGAACGACAUCUACGCCAGCUGCCCGAUCCCCGAGUCCCUGCAGGAGAAGUUGGAUCUGUGGGGCGAAUGCUUCUCUGGCGCUCUGUGGUGGGAAGACUUGCACGCCCUCUGCGACGAAAUCGGGUUCCAUCCUCCCUUGAUCAAGGAGGUCAGGCCGGUCUUCAUCGAGAUCGAGGAACUCAAGAGGAGAGCUGAUCCACUCCCCAAGGACCUGAGGUUUGCGUCUGUGACGUAUCGCAUCUUCAAGCCGUCGAACGACGAUGCCGCUCCGAAAGCCGCCGUCUACGAUGGGAAACUCCUCAACUGCUUCGACGCCUGGGAAUUCGCGCACGACCUUGUUUUCGAGACUGGGGUUCCAAGGAACAUCAGCAAAGAAUAUGCUUCCAUUCUGGAAACCUCGAGAUUCAGGACUCACUUCAAGUUCCAGGAAGUGAUCGACAACGGAUCGACCCAUGAGUACACCAGGACGAAUCCGUUCGAUAUGAUCCCAGACCCCUAUGAAAGCCUUUCCGGUCUUGUUGGGUACAGCAUUUGAGUCGUAAGUUUGGGAUCAAACCAAACGAAGCUCCAAGGAUCAACUUAGAAAAGACUUCUUUCUAUCUUCGGGAUCUUUACUUAACCUCACGGCAUCACGAAGCUCAAUGGCUAGUGAAAAAACUAGUGUACAGCAUUGCUGUUCUUCACAUCUCCAAAUGUUUCCGUUUUUAAAGUCGUCGUUUUUUUUUGUGUAGAAUAUUUGUAAGCCUAUCAAAUAGUUCCAGGACCCGCCUUUGUACAAGGAAACUACGGACAGAAGUUUUCAGGAUGAUCCCAUUCCAAAUAUUGAUAGUUCCCUCGACUUGCGAUGCUCUUCUCCACGCGUUUGUAAAGAGCUUGGAAC